UGCCUUUGGCUUCUGUAGACCCUUGAAUUUAGGUUAUGUAGAGUUAUAUUUAUGAGAGAAUGUAUGUCUUUUAAACUAAAUACAAAUUAACGAUCAUCUUGCAUAAAUAUAUGACAUUAGUGUGGCCAUCAGUGUCAUUAAUUCGCAAUUGUUAUUAGUUUAAUUUAUACUCAUUCAGUUUUGCAGAGGGUGUAAUAUUUCAUAUACUUAAAGUGACAUAAUCAUUUUGUAUUAAUUAUUUACAAAUAUGUUACCCAUAUAUAUAGUAUCGAAAUAUAACAUAAGACCUUCCAGUGGAGUGUUAUCGCAAUGGCUAAAUAUUAGUAUGAGAUUGUGUUCCUCAUCAGAUUCCUCAGAUUCUUCAGAUUCUGAUUCUGAUACUGAGAAAGUGAAACAGAGGAACCUUGCCAAGAGCAAAUUGUCUUCUGCGGGAAGCACAAAUCCUACAAUACCAGAUAGCAAAGAUAAUCUAGGAAGCUUUUUAAAUAAUAUGAUAAAAACUAAAACUUUGAAAACAAUUAAAGACACACCUGCAAUUUCUUCAACAGAAAUGAAAAGUACAACAACAACAAUAGCAGGCACUGGAAGCAUUGAUUUAAAUGAUUUUGUAAAUAACAUGUUAAAGGCAAGGAAACUAGAAAAAACCAUCAAAGUUGCUAUACAGCCUAAAAAAGAGAUGUCAAGGAAAAUUAAACCUAUGUCUUAUGAAAAUCGAUUAGUAAAAGCAGCUGAAGAUGUGGCUGACAAACUUGGUGGAAACAAAGCCGAGAUCACGUCGGAUUUACUUCAGAAAUUUUAUAAGGAUAAAACUGAAGUAAGGAAAAAAGACGAACAACUGAAAAGUCACACGAAUAGCGCCAAAAACGACGUAAACUUAAUGGAAUAUAUAAAAUCGAAGCAAUAUGCAAGAUCUGAACAAUUGUUAAAGGAUAAGAAACAAAUUGAGGAAGACACAUCCAAAAGACACUCAGAAAAGAAGUCUGUUAUACAAGCCCUUUUACAGGAUUACCAAAAGCAAGCUAAAACAUCUGUGCAGCAAUAUGCAAGAUCUGAACAAUUGUCAAAGGAUAAGAAACAAAUUGAGGAAGACACAUCCAAAAGACACUCAAAAAAGAAGUCUGUUGUACAAGUCCUUUUACAGGAUUACAAAAAGCAAGCUAAAACAUCUGUGCAGCAAUCGCAGAAUUAUAUGAAGAAAUCUGCCUCUAAACAAGACAUCAAUUUAUGGAAUGGAGCACCUAGUAAGAUCUUUGAAAAUAUAGGCGAUGUUUUACCAGAUAUGCCUGAAUUAAAAACAUGGGCAGCGUUAGAGCAAAGAGAAUUAAAAGCACUCACAACUUAUACGCCUGCCAACAUUUUUCAAGAAAUGAUUCUUUGGACGGAGCAAGAAAAAUUAUGGAAGUUUCCGAUCGACAAUGAGCAAGGAAUGGAAGAACAAAAUAUUCAUUUCUCCGAGCAUGUCUUUACGGAACGUUAUUUGAAAGGAUGGUGUCCUACAUCAGGUCCCGUACGUCAUUUUAUGGAAUUGGUGUGUGUGGGACUCUCCAAGAACCCAUAUAUGACGAUUCAAGAAAAAAUCAAUCACAUUAUGUGGUACAAAGAUUAUUUUCAAUCUAAGGAAGAACUACUACAAGAAUUAGGAGUAAUUAAUGAACCAUUUCCUGACACAGCAAAACAAAUUACACAGCAAAAAAGCACAAUGCCAAAGAAUAAAGGAAAGGGAGGUAAAAACAGGAGAAGGGGAAAGAAUGAAAAUGAAACUGAGAAGAGAGAAUUGGUGUUCAAGGAAGAUGGACAAGAAUAUGCUCAAGUUACAAAAAUGCUGGGUAACGGUAGGCUAGAGGCAAUGUGUUUUGAUGGUGUCAAACGAUUAUGUCACAUCAGAGGAAAGCUGCGUAAGAAGGUCUGGAUAAAUCAAGGAGACAUCAUAUUAAUUGGGCUGAGAGAUUAUCAAGAUGCCAAGGCAGAUGUUAUAUUGAAAUACACAUCUGAUGAAGCACGUAAUCUGAAAACUUAUGGUGAAUUCCCAGAGACCGUACGAAUCAACGAUACAGUCACCUUUGUGGAAGAUGGACUCGAUGAAGAUAUUGAAUUUGGUGAUGAAAUUAGUAAUGAUGAUGAAGAUGAUGUUGACAAUAUCUGAUGACCUACAGUAUAAUAAUAAUAAAAUUAUUAUUAUUAUGAAUAAAAUACAUCACCACAUAAAAUGCAUGAGGACAACUAUUCAUUUUAUGAGACGUAAUUACACAUCAAAUUUUUCCCUUAUCAAAUAGUCCAUAUAUCUUCCCGUGUCUAUAAAUAAAUUAUCAGUUAAUGGGUAACACUGUGCUCCGUUUUAAAGUUGUAGUGGAUUGUGAUAUUUAUAAAAUUUUAUAGACAAAAAUUUUCUGGUAGUGGAACAAAAUUACAUUAUAGUAUAAGAAAUUUCACAUUAAUCUCAAAUAGAAUAGAAACGUUUUUGUUGCAAAAUAAUAUACCACAUAUAUAUAUAUAUAUAUAUAUAUAUAUUUAUAUAUAUGAGAGAGAGUAUAGUUUUUUUUUUAUAUUUAUACAUAAAUUGAUAGAUAAAAUUUGUUUUUUUAUUUGCAUAUCCACUACAAUAAACAAAAACGAUAUACAUGUACGCCACUAUUUAAACAAAAAAUAUAAGUAUCAUCAUGUAUAUCAUAGUAAACACAAUUUUACAUACUUUAAUGUUUCACUAAGGCUGUAUUCUAAAAUUCACUGCCAGCAUUGGAAAGCUAUAGGCAUUAUAGAUUUUCAGCGCUAUCAGUAAUUUUGAAACACAGCCUAAAAUGUCCGUUAGGACAUAUGUGUGUAAUUAGAUCUGUCUCUUACGUUAGUGGGAUUUUGGAAUUACCAAGAGGAUUGCUGUAAAAAGUUAACGCGUGGAUCGUAGAUCUUACUCGUUUUUUCUAUCGUUUCGAUGUUGUUUUACCGGUAUUGCGAUUAAUGACAAUGUGGAGAUCUCGCAUUGCGAUGAAUAACGCGAGAGUGAUCCUCGGGACAUACGUUUCGCUGCGUAAUAGUGCAAUCGUUCGGAAUAUGUUGUCCAUUGUUGUCGUCGUCUUGCGUAGAAUGUCACUUUGUGUGAAUAUAUAAAGUACCGUCUACAGAUGCGCCGUUAACGACGAAGGGAAAAGAAAUGAAAAACAAGUUCUCUCAAUUGUAUUUGUAUUAACGAGAAAAUCUAAGGUGUAAUGCCGUUGUUUCGAUCGAUUAUAUAAUUAAUUAAGCAGAACAAUAAGUUAUAAAUUAACCGUAAACUUGAUUUCUCCAUUACGAUGAAUAAAGAAUUAUGUACGUUUAA